AUUUCGUUCAACGAUGAUUAAAUUCUUAUGGUUUCUCUUCAUGCAAUUUUUCCUGAUUGACAUUCUCGCGCAAGAACUUUGUAAUGAUAAUGAAGCUAAGUGCGGAUUGCAAUUUUUAAAUGACGAGAAGGUUGUAGGAGGCGAAGAUGCUAAAGAAGGAGAAGUCCCUUGGAUGGCAAUGCUUUCCUUUCAUGGCGAAUUUGUAUGCGGGGCGUCAAUUAUUGAUGUGAAUUGGGCGCUUUCUGCUGCUCAUUGCUUUGCCUACUCAAAAAAACCUGAAGAUUACCAUUUAACAAUUGGAACUAUUAAUAGAUAUGGCAUAGGCGGUGUUAAUGUAACUUUAGAAAAAAUAAUAAUUCACGAAAAUUAUGAAAACCUUACUAAUGACAUUGCUUUAUUAAAAACUGAAACUAUUGAGUUAAAUAAUAACAUUCAGCCAAUCCAAUUAAGUACCAAAAAAGCAGACAGUGGCACACUUGCGACCGUUUCAGGAUUCGGAACUAUUUUUGAAUCUGCUAUUUUGUUUAAAGAGAAGUUACAGCUUGCUAAUUUAACAAUCCUCAGCAACGAGGAAUGCCAACAAUGGUUCAAUGAAAUGAAUGUAUCAGUUGGAAUCAAAGAGAGUCACUUAUGUGCAGGGGAUAGAAAAGGAGGGAAAGGAGCCUGUUUUGGUGAUUCAGGAGGACCUCUUUAUAUCAAACAUAAUAAUGGAGUCGAUUCCCAAUAUGGGGUUGUAUCUUUUGGCGCUGGAUGUGCUCGACCUAAUUUACCAGGAGUUUAUGCAAAUGUCAGUUUUUUCAAUGAUUGGAUUGAAGAAAAUUUCUUUCUCAUCGCGGUCUUUUUCCUAAUCGAAUAUUCCAUGCAAGAAGCUGAUUUUGAGAAUGGAACUCCCUGCGGAAGACAGUUUGUAAGAAAUGGAAAGAUUGUCGGAGGUAGAAAUGCUGAAGAAGGAGAAGUUCCUUGGAUUGCAUCCAUAUAUCUUCGUGGAAUUUACAGUUGUGUGGGAUCAAUCAUAGCAAAGAGAUGGAUUCUUACCGCAGCUCAUUGUUUUAUGAGCACGUCCAAACCUCGAAAUUAUUACAUUCGUGUUGGGAAUUUGUAUAUGAAUGGUCAAGGAAACGAUUUAGAUAUAGAAAGCAUAUACAAGCAUCCAAAUUAUAGAAAUCCUCGUCGUUAUAAUAAUGACAUCGCUUUGUUGAAGCUUAAAAACGAUAUCGUUUAUAAUAAAUACACGUGGCCAAUCUGUUUGGAUAGGAAUAAUGUUUCUCUAAAUGAUAAAAUUGCUACCAUUGCAGGAUGGGGAAAACUAGAAGAAGGUGGUGCAUAUCAUCCUGAGAUAUUACAAUUAGUUCGGUUACCAAUUGUCAAUAAUGAAAUGUGCCAACAGUGGUUUAGAAACAACGGUAAAAAGUGGGUUAUUGUCGAAGACAAUCAGAUAUGUGCCGGUUAUGAGGAAGGAGGGAAAGAUGCCUGCCAGGGUGAUUCCGGCGGACCCCAGUACAUUAAGCAAGGCAAUAGCCACAUUCUUAUUGGGGUCGUUUCUUCUGGUAUCGGUUGCGCUCGACCACAAACACCAGGUUUAUAUACUCGUGUUAGUUCUUACAUAUCUUGGAUUGAUGAAACUAUAAAGAACAAUUCUUAACUUAUAUUACUAUUAUUUAUUAUGUAAAUAGUUAUUUUACUACGGGUAAUUUUUAUACAUAUGUUAGUAGUUAUUUAACAAGAAUUCGAAUGAUGUAACAUAUGAAUAUGUUAUAAAAUGUAUACUAAUUUCUGUAUACAGUAAACCCUCGAUUUAACGGACUAAUUGGAAAAGUGAGAGUCCGUUAAAUCGAAUAUAUUUUUAAAAAAUAUAUUAACGUUCUACUAGUGUUCUACUGGAGAAUAAAGAAAAGGUUCUUGUACAGUUAUUUCCUUCAGGGAAAAAAGUUUUGUCCGUUAAACAGGGGUCUGAUAAAUCGAGUGUUUACUGUAUUUAUAAAGUUCUGUACAUUUUUAUAAUUUUAAUUUUGUUGAAUUAUGUACCACCAAGUCUCAGUAUAAUUGUUUCAUUACUUUUAUUUAAUUUUUAUUUAAACUUCUGA